AUGAACGCCGAGAGCGAGCCCUCUAAGGGACAGGAGCCCUCUAAGGGACAGGAGCUCUCUAAGGGACAGGAGCCCUCUAAGGGACAGGAGCCCUCUAAGGGACAGGAGCCCUCUAAGGGACAGGAGCCCUCUAAGGGACAGGAGCCCUCUAAGGGACAGGAGCCCUCUAAGGGACAGGAGCCCUCUAAGGGACAGGAGCCCUCUAAGGGACAGGAGCCCUCUAAGGGACAGGAGCCCUCUGAGGGACAGGAGCCCUCUAAGGGACAGGAGCCCUAUAAGGGACAGCAGCUCUCUAAAGGACAGGAGCCCUGGAAGGGACAGGAGCUUUGGAAGGAACAGGAGCCCUGGAAGGGACAGGAGUCUUAA